UUCAGUCUGAAUCACCUGUUUUCCCAAGCACUGAAUCGUUUGGCAAGCAUAAUUAUCAGCUGUACGUGCGCAACGGUUUCACUUCGACCUGAACUGACAUUAGUGCUGACUGACUGACAGCGACCCCGCGAGCCGCUGCCUCUGAGAAUCUGCUUCAGUCACUGGAGAUCAAACCAUGAGUGUCAGUUCAACACGGAGCAGCGGGGAAGAAAUCGACGAGCUGGAGUCAGUUAGCUGGUAUCAUUAUGAUUUGUCCUGGCACGCCACUGAAGCUCUUCUCCUUUCAAAUGGGGUAGAUGGGUAUUUUUUACUCAGAAACAGCAACAAAGGACCUGACUGCUAUGCUUUGUCUGUCCGAGCAAAGGAUUCAGUGAAACACUUUCAUGUCCGGCGGCAGUUUGGCAAAUAUUCCUUUGGUUUCAGUGAAUUUCCUUCCCUUCAGGAUUUUUGCAGUCACCUUGCCAAUCAGCCCUUGCUAGGCAGCGAGACAGGAAACAUGAUAGUGCUGCGGUUCCCAUACCCACGGCAGGUGGAAGAGCCAUCCAUUUAUGAGACGGUGUGUGUGCAUACGGUCAUGCAGACAGGCCGGCAUGAAAACGACCUAGUGCCUAAUGCUCCAGCACUUGGCACUAAAGAAGGCUAUCUGGUUAAACAAGGAGCGAUAAUCAAGAACUGGAAGCAGAGAUGGUUCACACUGAAUAGAAAUGAACUUAAAUAUUUCAAGGAUAAAAUGUUUGUAGAGCCAAUACAAACCCUGGAUCUGACGGAGUGCUCUGCUGUCCAGUUUGAUUACAGUCAGGAGAGGGUCAACUGCUUCUGUCUGGUGUUCCCCGAGAGGACAUUUUAUUUGUGUGCAAAAUCUGGUGCUGAGGCAGAUGAAUGGAUUAAGAUACUACGAUGGAAACUGUCACAGAUAAAGAAAGGACGAUGAUGUUCAACUCAGAGAGAAGUACUGGAGCAAAUGCAAGCUGUGUGCAGUUUUGUAUUAGUAAAUAUAGAGGAUUUAUUCACUGCAUCUGAUGCUCUGUGAUCUUGGCAUCAUGGUUGUACAGCUCAUCACACAUAAGAUGCCUUCUGGGCAAUAAAUCACACAAGGUUUUAGAUCUAAGUGAAGUGAAGUCCCAAGGCACCGUGCUAUUGUGCUUUAUAAAGAUAUCUGGAGGCUGUGCACUACCAAUGUUGGGAUUAUAAUUGAAAAUAGGUAGUUUUUUCCGAUUUUGUUCUGUGUUGAGCUUUCAGUUCUUCUUAUUCUUCUCCAACUCAAGCUAAACAGUGUGUCUGCUCCUAAAUGUGUACAUCCCCCCUUAUAUACAUGUUUGCAACUGAGGUAAAUGUUACACCCUGAUAAAGGGGGAAAAUAGACAUUAAUAAAUGAAGACACGGACUCGUGCUGUUGUCUCUGCGUCAGUCUGUAUUGGCUGUGUGAUGUCUCUUUCAUCAACAGAUGUUACUUGAAUAACAGAACUGUGAAUAAUUGAAUACAUCAGUACA